GGUGGAGAAAAGGGGAGGGGGAGCCCGUUGAGCAGGAGGGGUGACGGACACUGUGGCGCACGCAGAGGAGCAGGAGAGACGUUCUCCAGACCUGUGCGCAAGGACGGGUCGUGACACCAGAGACAGAGCGACCGUGCGAUUCUCCACCGCCGGCGUCCCGCUCAGCCCGAUGACCCCCUCUGAGCUCCUCCUCCCCAGCUGCCCAUGGCAGCUGCUGGUCCUGCUCCUGAAACUGUGGCUGUCAUGUGUGGGUGCCGUGGGGGCGGCCAAUGGGACGCUGUGUACCGCCCGUGGACCCGCCUCCUACAUCCUGGUAUUCACCGGGCACUGGAGUCCGGAGACCUUCCCCAAGCAAUACCCGCUGUUCCGCCCGCCGGCACAGUGGUCCAAGUUGAUAGCGGUGACGCACAAUGCACAGUUCCAGCUUUGGCAGGAGGGGGCGCCAGCGAGCCCGGGAGUGCGCAGCUUCGCGGAAGAUGGCGUGACAGUGGAGCUGGUGAAGGAAGCGCGCGAGGCUCGCAGGAGGCGGGCGGUGGGGUCGAUGUACCGCACUGCUGGCAUUCUCAUGGGCGUCGGACAUAGCUCAACCGAGCUCCUGCUGCAGCCCAAGACCUCCCAGCUGUCCCUAAUGGCAAAAGUAAUUCCCAGUCCAGACUGGUUUGUGGGCGUGGACAGCCUGGAUCUGUGCGAGCAGGGUGACUGGCGGAAAGAGGUGACCCUUGAGCUACGACCCUUUGACGCCGGGACGGACAGCGGCUUCACCUUCUCGUCGCCAAACUUUCCCACAAACCCUCCGGAGAACAUCACACAGAUCACCUCACAGAACCCUAACCACCCAGCAAACUCCUUCUUCUACCCCCGGCUGUCAGAGCUCCCCCCUUUGGCCACAGUUAAGCUCACCCGUCAGGGCCGGACGCCUACCCGGCAGAAUCCCCUGUCCAAUCACAUCCUGCCUCAUGCCACCUUGCCUAAGCGAUUCUCAGAGACGCCGCUGGAUUGCGAAGUGUCCCUCUGGUCGUCCUGGGGUCUGUGCGCCGGACCCUGCGCCAAAGGCGGGAUGAGGCACCGCACCCGCUACAUCCUCCUGCGACCCGCUAACAGCGGCACACCGUGCCCCGAGCUGGAGGAGCGCGCCGAGUGCACGCCCCCUAAGUGCGCGGCGACGCGCUGAGCAGACGGCACCAAAGCUCCCGUUAUCGUAGCUGUAUUUUCACAGUGGCAUAGUGCGUCCUGCAUCCUUCCAGUGUUAGAUCACGCCACGCCCUCUCCUGCUAGCACUCACAUCCAAAACAUUACUGGCAGCACUGAAAUGCACAGGCAGGGAGGCGAGUGUGCACACACAUAAACACACUAUACAGUAAAAAGUGUUUCUAACGCACUCAAUACAAAUGUGUGAAAUAUACGCGGCCCCCCGCCUUUCUUACAACACCUCCCCCAGUCUUGUUACUUUAAUAUCUAUAAAGAAAACGAGUUUUACAUUCAGAAAGCUAAAACUCACCAUUCCUUUAACUUUUAAAAUUACAAUUAAGUUUUAUUUGUAUAUAUUCUGUAUUUUGGUCUUAUG